AUGCCGAGUAAGUGUGUGUGUGUGUGUUGUGUGUUGUGUGUUUGUAGCCGGCACCAUGCGCUGCUCGUCCAGGUUUUGGAGGUGGCUUCUUCCGACGUUGACGAUGAGUCUGGCGCAUCCAUCUGGGACUCAGCACUCUGCUUGGGCGAAAUCCUGGUGAAGCAACAGAUCUCUUUGGGUCCAAGAGUCCUGGAGCUUGGAUCGGGAACUGGAUAUGUUGGGCUCAUUGCAGCUGCACUUGGCCAUCGAACCACGUUGACAGAUCGUGCGAUGCUACUUCCUCAGCUGCAGGCAAACAUCCGGGCGAAUGGACUGGAGGAUGUAGCAGAUGCAGUUGAACUGGAAUGGGGAAGUGUGCGUCCCGAUCUGGAUGUCGACACUGUGAUCAUGUCCGACUGCGUUUACCUUCCUCACUGCUUUCGGCCAUUGGUACAGACGUUGGAUUCACUUGCCCCCAGCAGCAUUAUCUGGGCAAAUGAGAUGAGAGGAGUUGAGGAGGAGUUUCGCAAGCUCAUGGCUGACACUGGCUGGACAUUCGAAGCAGUGCCGCUGCCAUCAGAGAAUGACUUCGCGUGCGAGGAUAUCUGCGUGCAGUGGAUCCGGCACGCCAAGGAGAAAAUAAAUGGCCGCGUGCAAAGCGGGCUGUGCAAUCCGGUGCUGCACAGAGCGGCUUUGGCCCUCGCAUGGCAUCAGUCCUUGAUAUGCGCCGGCUUUCGUAGAGAAUACAAGCUCUACUCCGAAAGGCAUAGCGUCAACUUGUACUUGGGCACGUGGGGCAUCAUUUGA